CCCAAAGAAUUUCAUUUUAUCAUUUGUAACACCUGAUUUUGACAUUUUCGAUUGUAUAAGAAAAAUGUGAAAACAACAGCGUAAUUUGUGAAACUACUAGAAUCAUACAGCUGGGGGAAUAAACGAUCUUACAUAAAAUGGCAAGUUCCAUUAUUGUCGCCGGUAUUGGUCUGGCCGCGGUUGGCUUUGCCGGAAAGCACCUCAUGCGCCGCAUGCCUGCUAUGGCCACUAAAUUAAAUGAGACCAUGAAGAAUCUACCCAAAUUUGAUGCGGAAAGUUUAGCGAACUCAAAGUACUACAAAGGUGGUUUCGAUCCCAAAAUGAAUAAACGUGAGGCCUCUUUAAUCUUGGGAGUGAGUCCCAGUGCAUCUAAAUUGAAGAUAAAAGAUGCGCAUAAAAAGAUUAUGUUACUCAAUCAUCCUGAUCGCGGUGGCUCACCUUAUUUGGCGGCGAAGAUUAACGAAGCCAAAGAUUUCAUGGAUAACGGCAAAUAAACAUUGUAAAUUUGAAGUGUGAAAUAAAGUAGUAAUUAAAAUUUAGCAUUAAUUUAUUAAAGAAGCAUAAUACUUUUAAA